AUGCCGCCAAGAGUGAGAGGCAAAGGAAAGGGCCCAAUGCGAGGUGGGCCAUCAGCACACGCUGGACCAUCGCAUCGACGCACCCCGUCUGCGUCGUUUUCCAGUUCUAAUUCACGUGACCUAUGGGGUCAUUCUUUCGAACGAGCGAGACACUAUGUUUCGUUGAGCUCAUCACCUUCUUUCCAUCCAUCAUUCGGGCCGCCUGUUCCAGACGAGCCCCAACAUUCGCAACACUCCCAUUACUCCCAUCAUUCGCAUGAUUCUCACCAUUCCCAUCAAUCUUACCACUCUUUGCAUUCUCAUUCCUUUCAUCGUUCGGAUUCUACCUACUCUCCAGCACAGUUUAAUCCCAAUGAUUACGUCAACGACUUUUUGGGCUACAACCCUUUAGGACCCGAGGAUCACUUUCCUCAUGAAAUGGAGAUGGACGACGACCUGGACCCUGAAAUGCAGACCGGAACACCGGGCCACCCUAUUAGCAUCUCGAGCGAAACGUAUGAUUCGGCCUUUACCCCUUCAUAUCAUAACUCUCCUGCUCAACCUCCUUUGGUUGAACCACAGCUUCAAGCAGUUUCUCCUCCACCUCUUCAUGUUAAAGAGCUGCCUCAACAGCCACCUCAGCCACCUCCCGAGCCGCCUAGGCGAAGGAGGAAUGCACGAAUAUCCGUGCGAGGAGGACCUCGUUUCAGUUCUCCUCAGCGUUCAAGUUCUUACCCUCUUAUUCCCGAGGACCCCCAAAUGGGUGGACCCUCGCACGCAGUGCCGGAGAACGAUCCUUCGCCGGUUUCUUACGCACCACCGCCACCGCCAGUGGGUUUCGACAACCCGAUCCCGACUUACCCAGGUUCAUCUGGGUAUAACCCAUCUGGAUACCCAUCGGAUUAUGGAACCCAUGAUCCAUAUCUUACUGUUGCACAACAUAAUGCACUUUAUCCUUCUUCUUACCCUCCAGUUUACCCAACUGGAUAUCCGGUGCAGGGAUAUCAAUAUCCCCUAUAUCAGCAACCUCCUCCUCCUCCUCAACAGGAGCACACCCAAGAAAUAUUGCAGAGGUUAAACAGGGUUGAACGUGAAGCGGAUGAAACCAAGAAGAAGCAUAACAGCUUUCUUAAAGGCCUUGCAAGUCUCAUCAAAGGCAAAAAGAAAUAG